AACUUUAUUUCACAAAGCUUCAUCAAUAUUACUUUCGACGACAACUCUUGUUCCCGUUUCCAUGUCUAACCAAAAGAAGCGGCCUAUACAUGAGAAAUCCAUAGAAGCCAAUGCAUUUGAUAUUGAGGGAAAGAAGAAGCUGAGGAUUUUGGUUGCUGGGGGUGGGAUUGGGGGGCUGGUUUUUGCGCUGGCAGCAAAGAGGAAGGGGUUUGAUGUGGUAGUGUUGGAGAAGGGAAUGAGUGCAAUAAGAGGUGAGGGGCAGUUCAGGGGUCCAAUUCAGUUACAGAGCAAUGCAUUGGCUGCUUUGGAGGUCAUUGAUUUGGAGGUUGCUGAGAAAGUCAUGCAAGCAGGGUGCGUCGUUGGUAAUAGAAUUAACGGUUUGCUGGAUGGUAUCUCUGGUUCUUGGUUUAGAGCGCGCGACGACGAGACGUGGGACAGCGGCAACUCCAUACGACAGCAAAGGCAGCAACAGAGGACUGGGGAGUUUGGGAAUUGGAAUCAGGGACAGUCGUUCUUCUUUUAUAAUUUCCCAGACAAUUGGGACGCAAAGGCUUUGUGGCAUCGAUUUCAAGAGUGUGGAAGGGUCGGUGAUGUGUUUGUGCCAGCAAAGAGGGACAAAUGGGGGAAAAGGUUCGGUUUCGUCAGAAUGUUAGGGGUGCAAGAUGUUCAAUAUAUGGAAGGGAGAUUGAAUCAGAUCUGGAUUGGUUCUUAUAAACUACGAGUAAAGGUAGCCAUCGAUAGGGGGCAAAAUGGAACAGUUUAUCAGAAGGAAGCCGAGAGGAAGGGUAGAAUCAGGGCGCAGAGUUUCGUCAAGCCAGGGCGGUCAUAUGUUCAGGCGGUUAAGGGAUACUCUUCGAGGGCAGUGGGUGCCCAGGUUUGGAGGAAAACUACAGGGGUGCAGGAGAGAGCCGAUCCCGUGGACAGGGUGUCCAUCGCUCUAGGGAAGCCUUUGGGGAUUGAGGAUGCUAGAUCCGGUGAAGAGGGAGGUGGAGCUAUGGAUGGAGAAACGAAGGAGAGUAUCAUUGACUUCUCUCUAUCCAAAGAUGAGAACGUGUGGCUGGAAGGGGGUGUUGUAGCGGUAGUGAGAUCAAUGUCAAUGAUAUCCAAUAUACAAGAGAGAGUAGACAUUGAUGGAGGUUUGAUUAAUCUAUCUCCAUUAGGAGGGCGGAAUGUAUUGUUGACUGAACGUGUGGAAGGCUACUUGAGUGAGUAUAUACAGCACAACAAGGAAUCAUUUGAUCUUUGGUGUGAGAUUAUUUAUCCUUGGGCUUUGGCUCCUCUGAAUGGUAGUAGAAUGGUCUGGUUGAGAAUUUCUGGUGUUCCAUUACAAGCAUGGUGUGACAGAUGCUUUGAGCGGAUAGCAGCUUCGGAGACAAAAUUAGAAAUGGUGGAGGGUGCGCUAUGUAAAAUGUUGUGGUUUUCAGAUGAUUAUGAUUGGGAGAUGAAGGAAUCGAGUGGAGCCUCUGGGGAGGAAGGGAGAUGGAUGAUUGUAGGGGACUUUAAUGUAGUGAGGAGUCCCAACGAGAGGAAGGGUAGGAUAGGGGAGACUCAGGAUAUGAGGGAGUUUGAUGAUUUUGUUGUGUCAACUGGGUUGGUAGAUAUUCAAUUGGCAAAUAGACGCUUUACAUGGUAUCAACCUGAUGGGUCGUCUAUGAGUCAGUUGGAUAGAGUCCUCAUGUCUGGUGAGAUGUACAGUUUGGGAAAGGGAUGGGUGCAGCAUGGACUGAAGAGGACUGUGUUUGAUCAUUGUCCUAUUAUGGUCAAAACAUCAGUAGUUGAUUGGGGACCAAAACUGUUCCGAGUUUUGGAUGCUUGGCAGCAGCACCCGCAAUUCAAGAAGGUGGUCAAGAGUGUAGAACAGAUUGAUUUGAAGAAUGAAGUGAUGGAUUUGGCGGAGGAGGAGUUGGAUCUAAGAAAAGAAGGCUUCCAGCAGUUAUGGGAUAUUAUGUGGAAAAGGGAGGCUAUUUGGAAGCAAAAAUCUAGAAGUGAUUGGGUUAAACUGGGGGAUCAGAACACGAGAUAUUUUCACAAAAUUGCAAAUGGGAGAAAGGCAUACAAUAGUAUCUCAGGAUUAUGGUCUAAUGGACAGUGGGUAGAGGAUCCGGAGACGGUUAAGGAUGAGAUGGUGAAAAUUUCGAAAGAUCAGAAGGAGUGGCUUGAAAGGCCUUUUACUGAGGAGGAGAUUGAUGAAGGCUUGAAGAGUUGUGAAGGAAGUAAAGCUCCGGGACCUGACGGGGUGUCGGUAUUGGUAAAUGGUAGUCCGACCAAGGAGUUUGAAAUGGGGAAAGGGCUCAGGCAAGGAGAUCCUUUGUCUCCUUUUUUUAUUUCUGAUGGUUGGAGAGGCAUUGCAUGGACUGGGGAGAAAAGAAAGAUCUCGUGGGUAAAAUGGGAAGCUAUUUGUUGGAGCAAGGAGCAAGGAGGAUUAGGGGUUCCGGAUCUGCGUCGGAGAAAUUGGGCGCUAUUAGGGAAAUGGUGGUAUAGGUUAGGGGAUGGAAGGGAGGGGUUGUGGAAAAGGGUAGUGAAAGAGAAAUUUUACGAGGGCAUGGGUUCUGGUGGGAGGUGGGGGAGGGAUGUCGGGUGUGCUUUUGGAGAGAUAUUUGGGUGGGAAGGUUCGGUAAAGGAGAAUGGUACAUGGGAAGGGGAAAGGUGGAAAUGGGGCAUAGAGUGGAGGAGAGAGAGGAUGGGUCGCAAAAAAGAUGAGGAGAAAGGGUUGGGGGUGAUGUUGGCGAGUAUAAAGUUAAGGAAGGGAGUGGAAGAUUUAUGGCAGUGGAGGUAUGAGGUAGAAGGGAGGUAUGUAGUAAAGACAGCCUAUGAAUCUUUAGCUCCUGAGGACCGCUUGCUGGAGGAACAAUUAUGCAAUGUUAUAUGGUGUAAGAUGGUGCCUUCUAAAGUGGGGGUUUUUGGGUGGAGGUUGUGUCUAGAUAGACUUCCCACAAGAUGGAAUUUGCGGAAGAGAGGGGUGGUUUUACAAGAGGAUGGUAUGGUGUGUGGGCUUUGCAAAGAGGGUGUGGAGGAUGUUAAUCAUUUGUUUUGCACUUGUAAAGAAGCUUGUGCAUUGGCUGUAUGGACUCCUACACGGAAGGAUGGUUACGGGAGUGACAAACUGGAAGGUUGUUUUCUUUAGUUGAUUUUUUGGGUUGUUAGCAUGUUUUGUGCGGGAGUUCCUUUUUUACUUUUGUUGGGAGAAUAAGCUUUUUCAUUCUCUGUAGAAGGGCAGGAGCACCCCUUGUGCUCCAUUUAAUAAAAAGUUGUUUUGCUG